AUGGUGCCACGUCGUCUAACCUAUCAGUUCCUAACAGAAAUUACUGAUAAUUUCUCAAAGGAGAGAGAACUAGGUGAAGGCGCCUUCGGACAGGUCUUCAGGGGAGUGAGGAAAAAUGGAGAAGACGAUAUUGCAGUGAAGUUGUUACAUAAUAGACUGGGACUUGACAAUCGGCAAUUCCAGAAUGAGUGCCUUGGACUUGACUGGAACACACGUUACAAAAUCAUAAAAGGGAUUUGCGAGGGUAUAAAAUAUAUUCACAAGGGACUGGGAAAACCUAUGUACCACUUGGAUCUGAAACCUGAAAACAUUUUACUAGAUAAGAAUAUGGUGCCUAAACUUGCAGAUUUCGGUUUGUCUAAGAUCCCCAAAGAAGACAAAACCCGAAUCACAGCAAAUUCCUAUGGCACAUGGGGUUACAUUCCACCAGAGUACAUCGAGAGAAACAUAAUCUCAAAUAAGUUUGACAUAUUCAGCCUGGGUGUUAUCAUAAUAAAGAUAGUAACUGGACCUAUGGGCUACUCUGAAAGCGCUGGCAUGUCAGAUGAGAAUUUCAUUGAACUGGCUCGAGGAAAAUGGAUGAACUGGCUGCAGUCGAAAUGGAAUGGUUGCUUGCUAGAACCAUAUUGCCAACAAGCAAAGAGGUGCAUUGAGUUUGCAUUGGACUGCGUGGAGAAAGAUAAGGAGGAGGGUGCUGCUUCGAAAAGAAAAAGAAAGGAGGAGGAUGCUGCGCUGAGCAGGGAGGAGGUUGUGGCGAUCAUGGGAGCGAUAGGCUUGGAAGUGAGAGGGCGGCGUGGGGACGGGCUUCCCGCAUCGAUGGGCUACGGCGAGUUGUCCCGUCUGUUCGAAUCGGAUGAGCCAAGCUUCGACGAGGUGAAGAGUGCCUUCGCAGUGUUCGACAACGACCAUGAUGGGUUCAUUAGCGCUGUAGACCUGCAGUUCGUGCUAGCGAGGCUCGGUGUCGUCGAGGACGCCGUCACAUGCCACGCCAUGAUCGUUGCAGCAGGCGGCAAUUGCUGCGACGGCAGGAUGAACCUGGCCCAGUUCCUCCAGCUCCUCGAGAAUGGCUUCAGGAGUGACACUGGCGGAGGGCGAGCGAAGCGUUCCUGUCUACACAGGGACUAA